GUGUGUUUGCUGUAUGGUUGCAUGUGAAAGUUCCUGAUUUUGAAACGUAAAAUUAUUGUCAUUCCAGUUAAAGUCAUUAAGUCUGGGUAUCAAGGAAAAAUAAUUCAUGUCUUGAUAUGAAUUCCUGGUUUUGAUUGACUCUUCUCUCAGUGUGAAUUAAUUUGCUGAAUACAGAAUGGCUGAUGCUGUUGAAGAAAAUUUAAAGAAUUAUCUACAUUGAUCUUUGCACUUAGCUGAGUAAUCUCAUCUGGCUGAAUUUUUUAAAUUUCUGUGUUUUACUAAAUGUUCUUCUACUUUUUAUACAUCAUAAAAUGGCAGUAUCUUCACACUUCAUAUUUUACAAACAGGAAUUCUAUAUAAGUGCCCACAAAGUAUGCAACAAGUUUCCCUCAUGUACAGAAGUUGUAUAAUAAAUAUGUGAUUUGUAUAACAUAAGAAUGGGAAUCUGUGUGUGUAAAGAAGCACAGUCAGAGUCUGAUGAAGAAACGGUCACUCCACCCUUACCCAGGAUGUCUGUCAAUUCAGUGUCUGGUACAACAGACUCAGUUGCUUCUCAUGUUCAGAAUCAUCCUGCACAGCAAUCUUGGGACCUCAUGGGAACUAAAUUGUCUUCAAUGGUAGACAAGUUGGUUUUAGAAACUUUGUCAGUUAUAAGAACAUUGGUAGACAAUGACCUUGAGCCUCCCCCAUCUAUGACAAAACUCCAUUUCAUUGCUGAUAAAGAAAGAGGCUGGCUUACUGUUGUAAAUUCUAUGGCUAAUGUCAUACCAAUGGAUGAUCCUUUGGGACCUGCUGUAAUAACAUUACUCCUUGAUGACUGCCCUUUACCAACAAAAGAAUCUGUUGCAAAACUAUCAAAAAUGUUUUGUUUAUCAAGUGAAAUAGCUAUAAAAGGGAAACUGUAUCCUACACGGCACAGAAAUAUCUGUGUUAUACUUGGUUGUAUUGCUGAAAAACUUGCUGGUCCAAGUAGUACAACACUUUUAACACAAGAUACAAUGGAUUAUCUUUUUACAAAUCUUGAUCCAUUUUUCAAUACAUCUGUGAUCCUUUUCUCUUUAAUUGCAUUAGAAAAGUUUGCACAAACUAGUAUAAAUAAAUCCACAAUCAAUAACCAACUGGCCUCUAAACCUGAAAAUCCUCUAGAAAAGUUAGAAAAGUUUAUAGACAGUCCUUUGUUCAUGGCAAAGCAAGUAGGAUUUUGUGCCCAAUGGUGCUUAGAUAACUUAUUCAUUAAAAAAGGGAGACCAUUUACUUAUGAACAUGUUGACAGAACAAACUUGAAUGCUAUGCUCAACAGUAAUGAUGUUAGUGAAUAUUUAAAGAUUUCAGCUGAUGGUUUAACUGCUCGUUCAGAUGCAUCAUCUUUUGAGAGUGUCAGAUGUACAUUCCAGGUUGACUCUGGAGUUUGGUAUUAUGAAGUUACAAUUGUUACUUCUGGAGUGAUGCAGAUUGGUUGGGCAACAAAAAAUAGCAAGUUCCUAAAUCAUGAAGGAUAUGGUAUAGGUGAUGAUGAAUAUUCAUUAGCAUAUGAUGGUUGCCGUCAGUUGAUUUGGUAUAAUGCUGCCAGUAGUUCUCAUAAUCAUCUGUGUUGGAAGCCCGGUGAUGUUUUAGGAUCUUUAUUAGAUUUAAAUAAUCUCUGUGUCAUAUUUUAUUUGAAUGGAAAUCCACUGCCACCAUGUACACAUUUGUUUCAAAGUGCGAGGUCGGGAUUUUUUGCUGCAGCUAGUUUUAUGUCAUUCCAACAAUGCGAAUUUAAUUUUGGUCGAACACCAUUCAGAUUCCCUCCAAAUGUGAGCUUCCAGUCCUUUAAUAGUUGUGCCACUCUCUCUGAAGAAGAAAAAAUUAUUCUACCA